UCGGGCUGUCUGCCCUUCUGCUCCUCCCCAAUUUCUUUUCCUUUUUCUUCACUCCCUCCUUCCAAGCCUCUUGGCCUUUCACCUCCUCCAAGAGCCAUAAAUUAUAAAUAAAUAACAACAACAAUAACAAUAAUAAUCUCUCAGUGAAAAAAAAAGAAGAAGAAGUUAAUAAACGAAUCAACAGAGACCAUUCGAUCGCGCUCUCAUGUCUUCAGCUCUCCGAUCCAUGGCGAACACCGUGCUCUUCUCCCCCUCCUCCUCUUCUCCUUCCUCGUGGGCUCUGAAGCGGGGACUAGGGUUGCGGCGCGUCCCCCGCUGCCCUAACUCGCUCGGCCGCGCGCUCCGGCGAUCCUUCGUCGCCGCCGCCGCGAACUCCCCCGGUUUUGCGAAUGAGAAUCGCGAGUUUGUGAUUGUCGGCGGAGGGAACGCGGCGGGGUACGCCGCCCGGACUUUCGUGGAGCACGGGAUGGCCGACGGCCGCCUCUGCAUUGUUUCCAAGGAGGCUGUUGCACCAUAUGAACGGCCAGCAUUAACCAAAGGUUAUUUAUUUCCUCCAGAUAAGAAGCCAGCUCGCUUGCCUGGUUUCCAUACCUGUGUUGGUUCCAGUGGGGAAAGGCAAACACCAGAGUGGUAUACGGAGCAUGGAAUAGAGGUGUUAUAUCAAGACCCAGUAGUAGCAUUCGAUGGACAGAAGCAGACCGUGACAACAACAUCAGGGAAAAUUCUCAAGUAUGGAUCUCUUAUAGUUUCGACAGGUUGUGAGGCUGCAAGAUUCCCGGAAAAGAUUGGAGGAAACUUACCUGGGGUGCAUUACAUACGUGAUGUUGCAGAUGCCGAUUCUCUGGUGUCUUCCUUGGGAAGAGCCAAAAAAGUUGCUGUUAUUGGUGGUGGCUACAUUGGCAUGGAAGUAGCUGCUGCUGCUGCCGGGUGGAACCUUGAUACUACUAUCAUAUUUCCGGAGGAUCACAUAAUGCCAAGAUUAUUUACACCUUCACUUGCUCGUAGAUAUGAAGAGCUCUAUCAGCAGAAUGGUGUCAAGUUCAUGAAGGGAGUUCUUAUCGACAAAUUAGAAGCUGGCGCUGGUGGAAGAGUUGCUAAUGUCAUCCUUAAAAAUGGAUCUGUCAUAGAAGCUGAUACGGUUGUCGUAGGUAUUGGAGCGAAACCAGUUGUUAGUCCUUUCGAGGCUGUUGGGUUGAAUAAUAGUGUUGGCGGAAUACAGGUUGAUUCCCACUUCCGGACGAGUCUGCCUGGUGUCUUUGCUGUCGGAGAUGUAGCAGCAUUUCCUUUAAAGAUCUACAACCGAACAGCACGAGUGGAGCAUGUUGAUCAUGCUCGCAAGUCAGCACAGCAUUGUGUUAGAACACUCCUAACCGCCCAAACUCAACCAUAUGAUUAUCUCCCAUACUUCUAUUCAAGAGUUUUCGAAUAUGAGGGAAGCACAAGGAAAAUCUGGUGGCAAUUUUACGGAGAUAAUGUUGGUGAGACUAUUGAAGUUGGAAACUUCGAUCCAAAGGUCGCUACUUUCUGGAUUGACUCUGACAGUAGAUUAAAAGGAGUUUUUCUCGAGAGUGGAAGCUCAGAGGAGGUCUCUCUUCUACCUCAACUUGCGAAGGCUCAGCCGCUGGUCGACAAAGCUAAGCUCAAGAGUGCUUCUUCCAUAGAAGACGCCCUCGAGAUUGCGCGAAGUUCCCUCAAAGCUGGUUCCGCUGUAUAGUGCGAAAGCUUUGUGAUUUCGAUGAUUUCGAUUUCAAUAAAUCCUCGGUAUUACGGCUACCUAUCUAAAUCAGGGAAUUGUUUUCCUUGGAUCUUCAUGCGCUAUAAUGUCUUUCAAAGUUUGUUCUCGAAGUAGUGGCUACAACAGUUGCUCUAUCCUUUGGUAAAUUAACCUGCAUUGCUCUAUCUUCGAUCUCAUGUGAAAAUGUGUUUUUU